AUGCCAUCGGUAUUGAGCGACGAUGACAAGGAGACUGUCAAGCGCUUCGUCCCCAAACAGACAAACAAGAUCCAGGCCGUAGCUGUUGCCAGGCUAUACGUUGCGUACCCUAACCCCGGAAGAUGGACCAACACCGGGAUCCAGGGCGCCAUCGUCCUGUCGAAUGACCUCGUGGGCAACACAUACUGGCUCAAGAUGGUGGACAUCUCGUCUGGAAACCGUGGUGUCAUCUGGGAUCAGGAGAUAUACGACACGUGGAGCUACAACCAAGACCGCACUUACUUUCACAGCUUCGAAAUCGAAGAGAGGAGCGCAUUCAGACAGUUCGCGAGUGCCACCCCCUCCGCCUGCCCCAAGGCGCGGCGCUGCGCCUGCUCCUCCACCCGCUAG